AUGGCAUCAGAACAUGAAUACGACGAUGAGGACUACUCUCUGCCUCCGGAGACACAGCGACCCUUCACAUCCGGCAUCCGUCGAAAGCCUGUGCCGUUUGUGCGCUCCUCCAACCUAGACACAACCACAACACGAUCUACAUCCUCCGGCCGAAAUGUCGCAGAUGCCUACCUCUCGAUUGUCAUGAAAACAGCACCAAACACAUCACCAAACACACCUACAUGUCAAUCCCCACCAGCUCGGGCAAUACAAUCAGCCCCAGCAUCAGCAGAAGCCACCCCACCCCCAAACCCAGAAGUUCCAGAGCUCUGCACUGUAUGCAAGUUACCACUCGGAACCAACCCAGAAACCCCACACGAAGCCUCCCUCGCGCACCAAGUCUGUUUAGAGCACUCGCAUCCACCAUCCCACAUAGACCGCACCCGGACAGGCUUCCGCUACCUCGCGAACCAAGGUUGGAACCCCGAUGAGCGAUUAGGUCUUGGCGCAUCAGGUCGCGAAGGUAUUCGCGAACCAAUCAAGGCGAGUAUGAAAUUCGAUACUGCUGCUUUGGGGACGGGGCUUGAUAAAGAUGGGGAUCCGUUGCCUAAGAAGCCGCCUCCGCCUAAGGUGCAGAAGCUGAAUGCUAAGCAGGUUAGGAAGAAGUUUGAAGAGGAUAGGAAUAGGGCUGAGAGGAUGAGGAAGGUCUUUAAUCAGGAUGAACGGAUUUUGAAGUACCUCGGGGAGGAUGCGUGA